AUGACGUACUCGAACGCUAAUUCUGAUGCUACUAGUGUCUCUGCUUCAAUGAAUACAACGACAGAGCCUAUGGUGGAGCCUCUUGUAGCUGAAGAAGGUGCACAAUUGUCUCUUAAGGUGCGGACAUUGGACCAAAAAACGUAUUCAAUUACGGUUUGUGCGGCUGCGUCCGUACCACAGCUCAAGGAAGUUGUAGCUACUGAAACAGGCAUUACAUUGGCCCGUCAACGACUUAUUUAUCGUGGACGUGUACUCAAAAAUGAUCAAACAUUGGCUUCAUAUUCACUAGAAGAUGGUCACGUACUGCAUCUAGUCGUGCGUGCUGUACCUUCUCCUGCUCCUUCACUUACAGACGCUGCUUCUACUGAUGAUCAGGGAUCAGCUGCUACACCAGAUUCAGAUCCUAGUGUUGGUUUUACUGGUCGUGUUUCUUCUCCACGUCAGUAUUCAGCAUCGCACUUGAAUACAAUGAACGACAUUGAUACACUGAAUGCGCGGCUGGACGAGUUUCAGCGAUCAACGUUACGGUCGAGAUUACGAUCACGACAACUUCAGCGCCGCACUCGCUCACCACCGCCACCUCCACGAGAUAACGACGAGCCGGAUCCAACCAUGGGGCGGUCAAGCGCAGUACAACCUGGCCGCGUGCUCAUGGGUGCUACCAUAGCGGUGCCUGAGGGGACAGAUGUCACAAUGCCAUUUCUUAGCUCAUUGGUUGCCAACCUCGUUACGCAGGUAAGUGAGACUGGAGUUGGUAUGGAAGCAGGAGGAACCAUGAGAGGAACAGCUUCAGAUAGACAACGUCGUAUGAUGCUUUCAAGGGAAGCUCUGGGCGGCGCCACGGCUGCUGAAAUGCACUCAGCUACUGCACGAGCACUUCGUAAUCAUCACCGGAAUCGCGAUGGCUCGGGAAGCCAGCGCACGGCACGACAUUCUUCUUCAAGUGUUGAGCGUCAAGCUGCUCUGCGCGCUCGUACCGGGCUUCGACUUGAGGCAGUUCGUGCGACACUAGACGAUGCGUCUCUUGAAUUCCCCACCGAGCUUACAGCACUACCACAAGGAGACAACAACACAGCCAUGUCAGAACUUCAACAGCAGGUGGAAAUGCUGCUAACGCUUUUGGAGCGUUUUGGGCCACGUUUGCGUCUUCUGCCUGCUGCGCUCGCUCAGCGAGACCGCUUGGGCGAGGGAGCUGCUGCUGUGUCGGCUGGAACUAGUACUGUUUCAACUGACCUCUCUUCAGUAUCCAUUUUGAAUGGGUCCAGCACAACCUCUGCCGCGUCUACAGCAGCACCAUCCGGGGUUGCUUCAGCCUUAAUCGGUUCUAGCACAACAUCCAAUACAGCAUCAACUGGGUCAAGUAGAGCGUCAGCCGGGACCGAUAUAACAGCAAUCAAUUUUGUCGCGGCAACAGUUGGGCCUAACGCCACGUCGGGCGAGUCAAAUGACGGCAACACAAUCGCCAGUCCUAGCACUGCUGCAACUGGGACAACAUUGUCGGGGCGUCAGAUUAUGUGUACUAUUGAGGCAUUGCAAACGAUUGGAGAAACUACCGAACUGCUGGCGCGUAUGGCACGUCACGCUUUUGUUCGUCAAUCCAUGCAGUUGGGCGAGCCAAUCUCAAGACGAGGAGAUAGUGCGACGGCAGGCGACAGAAUGCAAGCGAGAUUUCAUGCGACUCAAACUGGCUCGCGUCCAAGUGCUACGGCCAGUGGCAGAACACAAAUAACUUUUGACGCACUACAGGCAAGUCGUGCGGCGAGAACUGUGGCACCAGGUGAAUCAAGCAUGAGACCGCGGACGAGGGUAGGUCGCAUCAGUACAACUGAUUCGCUCGGCGAAAGAAGCUCUGCAGCCCCAACAACAGCGAGAGCAUCUUCGACAGAGCUUCCAGGAUUGACACUCAGCUUGCCGAUGGAUUUCAGUAGUGGCGCGGUACCACCGGUUUCUCGGCCGGCAAUUUCUGUGCGGAAUAGUCAACCUACUACUGGCGCUGAGACAGCUUUAAGCGACGGCAACGUCCCAUUGCCAUCCUCAGGUGCUCAACUUUCCAUCUCUGGUAUGGGUUUACCACUCGUGUCAUCGGUGGUAUUCCCUUUCUCUCUGGCGGCUGGUCUUGGUGGUAGCCAUGCGACUACGACUUGGAAUUUGGCGGACUUUGUCAGUCGACUGACGAGUGAGCUUCCAAUCUCUACUCUGUAUGGGGUUAUGGCGGGCGACGCCACACAUCUACACCACGUAUUGGCGCACAUAGGCUUUGCGCUGUUCAGCGGUGUUGAUGUUCCACGGGUGACCCGACCGAGUAUCCUUACCUGGGCACAGGACCUUGUCGGUGAGCUUCGUCGUCUAUUGCGCGUAAACGCGCUGCCUGCUGAGGUGACAGAUCAAGUUAAUGGGACUGUCGAGCGACGUGUGGCUUUCGGCGACGAGCUGCUGCCUGUAGUAGAGCCAUUUAUCCCGGACUUAGUUGACUAUCUCGUCCGUGCUACAUCGGCGAGUCGGGCUGCCGCAUUCGGCACUAGCAGCGCAACUUUCUUGCGUACGAUGGCUCAGCAGGUUAUUUGCGCACUCCGUGCCUACGCAAGAGGCAACUCAACGGAAUCAGAAGAUGAAAGUGAUGAGCGUUUGAAGCGUUUGCUACGAGGCCUGUUGGUGUGGCUUGGCAUGAAUAAUCACAUGGCAACUUUUGUCGUUGACAGCCUGUUGUGUUGGAUCGAAGGAGAUCGCAACGUCAUUCGUCGCGGCCAAACACGCCAGCGUGACGAAGCCCGUAGCGAUGCUGGUGGUGCCGACCCUCCGGCUGCUAAGCGGCAACGCGAGUAG